GUAUUGUUAUUAUUAUUUGUCUCAGUCCGUUGCUGUAAUACUAUCAAGAAGGUGUGCAGAAAGCCAUUCUCGAUUGUUUCUGUAUUCGAAAGAAUUUGAAAGAACGGAAACUUGGUGGUGAGGCUGGGAGAAAACAACACGUACCUACCGCUCGAGGCGAGGAUCAAGCCACGUUUAGCGCAGUUCUCAAGUCUUUAGGGUGAAUUCCUGGAGACCGUGCAGGAAGUGGAUCGAUUCAUUUAGUUAGGUUUCGGCUUAUCUCGCGACGAGAGGCAGUGUUCCAAGCGACGCUUCCCGUCCCGUGAGCUGUGCUUCUCUUGGAUCCCGCUACGUCACGAACGAGCAGAGCGGGUGGCGGCAGCAGUUCAAAGUGAGAAUGGGUGCGUAUCGUAGAUCCAUGGUUUGCGGGGAGUGGCACCGGAUUGCCCUGUUGCUGGUCCUGCUUGCGAUGGCUAUCGCCGUGGAUGGGACUGUGGGUCAAACAUGCGAAAAGGUGGACCAAUGCUCAUGUCGACUCAGUGAUACCGGAGAGGUUGUUUCAUUGAAAGGCUUGGACGGGAAUAAAAGGCUGAAGAACGGUAUCAUCGGAAAAGACGGAUAUUCAUACCACUUCAACCCGUGCACGUCUGAGCUGAACCUGGGACCUGAGUGCAGCCCCACCCUGGACAGUGCAGCUUGUCAGGAAGCUGGUGCCAAUGAUAUCUACAGUCUGGGACAGACUUCAUCUGUGAACUUUAAUGUCAUCGCAACUAACCCGUCACAAAUAGUCUUCACUUACAACGGUGGGACACCCAAUGGAGACAACAUUCGGCAACUCAGGCUGACUGUUCGGUGUGACAUGAGCAAGGAUGAUGAUCUCAUCUUCGACGACGAGCAGGAAGACUGGCAGAAUCGUAUUCUAAUUUACUACAUGACUCUGAACAGCAAGUGGGGCUGCCCUGGCUACAAGGAAUCCUCUAGUGGCCUGUCUGGAGGUUCAGUGAUGUUGAUCAUAUUCUUUGUCUUAGUUCCAGCGUACUUGGCUGCUGGAGUGGCGUAUGGAUUAGCCCGGCAAAAAACCGGUGUUGAGCUAAUCCCUAACUUCUCUUUCUGGUCCUCGCUGCCUAAUCUCAUCAAGGGUGGCUUCACGUUUGUCAUCACAUGUGGCAAAGGAGGAGGUGGAGGUGACGCACCAUCAAGAGGUGACUAUGAGAAGCUCUGAGAGGAUCCUGCACUUUCCUCUUUCUGUUACUCUCUCUCCCCCUUUCUGGUAUGUUUCCUUUACUUUCUCGGUCUCUCCCUCGUCUCUCUCUCUGUCUCUCUCUCUCUCUCUCUCUCUCUCUCUCUCUCUCUCUCUCUCUCACACACACACACACACACACACACACACACAUACACACACACACACACUCUCACACACAGAGAUGCACACAUGCAAUUACGUAAUAUUCCUCCCCAUUGGGUCCCCCUCUCUGCUCCAUGUGGCGAGCCAAUGUUCUCUGUGUCCCUGUUGCACCCGCAUUUCCCUGCUGCGUGCUGAAGUACGACGGAAAGCUGAAGAUGCUUGUAAAGAAAUAUUAUGAUCUGCGCUGAAUAUUUUUGCAAGAUAAUAUAGCGAUUUGCUACAGAUAUGCCAGGCUGCUUAACACGCAACUUCUUUUGAUUUUGCCUUGGUGUAUAUACGUGUAUCUCAAUAUGGGCUUAAGAAUACAUUUUCUGCACUCUGAGCAGCUUCCUGGCGUAGACGAAAAGGAGCAGGCUCCUUGGCUAUGUGCUAAAAGAUUUCCACCGCCUCGCCACAAUUAGCUCAUGUGAGCUUUCUUCUUUUAGCAAAACACUACUAGGAAUUAGCCAUGCGUAUUUCCCACGGCAUACCCUGAUUCCAAAGGUUUUUACCCACCUCUAAUAAUAAUAUUAUUAUUCUAAGUUUAAGCAGCGUGACGGCACAUUCAAUACGUGUCGUGGUACGAUUAUUUCAAAUUUCAAUGUGCUGAAUCAAUUGUAUUAUGUGGUGUGUUGAGUCGGACCUCCGCCACUCAGCUUGAACUGA